UCUCCUCUUCCCUCAACACUCUCUUCUUCGAUUCUACCCUAUGAACACUGAUUUUACAUGCCAAACGACGCCGUCAUGCACGGCGGCCGAGAAAUUUUCCGGCGAACUGGUGGAAUGCGAGUGGGUAGCAGCGGAGGCGUUAACUUAUUUGUCUGAUCCAGUGGCUCGAGAUCAUACCGCCGGUGAAAUUGAAUUCUCCGUAGACGCCGACGAUGCUCGUAUUACUGAGCAAGGAAUAGCCAUAAAGUUUGAAGAUGAGCAAGAAGUAGCUAUUCAGGCUGGAUAUGAAUCUGAACUCAAAACAAGUAUUGUAUGUGAUUUAAAUUAUCCACCGCCAGUUACCAGAAGAACAUCGCGGCAGGAAUUGACUGAGGCAGAGAAGGAAGAACGAAGGAUGCGCCGUGUAUUAGCUAACAGAGAAUCUGCCAAGCGGACAAUUCAUCGUAGACAGGCAAUGCGAGAGGAAAUGAGAAGAAAAGCAGAUGAUCUAGCACUGGAGAAUGAAAAUUUGAAAAAGAUUAAAGAACUUGCUGCUGCAGAAUACAAAUCGUUGAAGAACAAAAACAGUAACUUGAGAAUGCAGCUAGCUAAAAAUGUAAAGACUGAAGUAGAGGAAACAGAUGAUGAUUGUAAGUCUACUCUUGUGGAAACUCUUACUUCAGCUACAUCCACAACUUCUCUGCAUAACCAAGUGCCUCUCGUUCUGUCUACCGUUCUUCCGUGUUUUGACGGUCUCAUAUUACAAAGUGGUACCCAAAGUAUAGAGGAGUCCGUGAUGAUGAACGCCGCUCCAGAGACUCCUCUAUAUAUAGUUUCCUUUCCUUGGCAGAUGCAAUUCCAUGCCCAAAGUUAUCCACUUCAUUCAUGGACGACCUCAUAUCCUAACGAUCAACACAAGACUUCCUCAGUUCAUGAAUGUAGUACUUCAACUCCGAAAACAACGAUCAACAUGGAAAAUCACCUAAACGCAACUCCUCCGAAAGUUGAAACAGAAACUCCUGAUUCAAUAGAUACUUUGCCUAUAGACUUCCUUCACUGCAACACCAGCAGGGAUUUUCGACUAGAUGAAAUCGGACAACUAUCAGGAUUUCGUUCUACUUCAAGUCCUUUGGUACUACCACCAGUUAUUGCUAGACAAAAUGAGAUCAUUCAACAACAUAUAUAUACUCCUGAUUUCAAAGUUACUUAUUCUGAUGUUGGGCAUGUAGCAGGUGCCUCUACAGAAAUGCAUCAAGAACAUGUUACAUGUUCUAACAACGCGUCUGCAGAGGCUAGUAGGAAGUGGAAGGCGCUUAUGAAAUGAAAAGUCAAAUGUUGCUAUCAGUAUGAUUUGUCUGCCUGUCAUGCCGAAGACAUGAGAUUAGAACCAAAAGGAAAGAGUAACUUUUUGAAUUUUGAGUUUGUUAUGAUCGUCAAUAGAUAUGUAUAACUUACUACGUAUACGUUCUUUAACAUACGUUAUGUACUUUGCUUCUAUGAGUUUGUGAAAGAUUAAUGAAUAAAUAACGAGAAACGGAAUGAACCGUGCUCAAGUACUACUUUUCAA